UCUAAUUCUAUUGUAUUUGAUAUACUGCGAACAUGAAGGCGUUCCGCAUACUUCUGUUAUUGGGCUUUAUCGGAAUCGUUUUUGCAAAAACUACAUUUAAUCAAAGGAAUGACAAUAACACUGAAUUCAAUGAUAAUGCAAGAUCAAUAUCAUCAAUAAUAUCAGAAGCUUUGAGUAUUGCGACCAGCGCUGUUACAAACCCACUUAAUGAAAUCCAAACUAUGGUUACAGGAACGUCAAAUAGUGACUCUCAGAACAUAACUACCAUUUCUAAUUAUAUACUUUUUGCAUUGAAAACAAUUUUCGAAAUUUUACUAAGACAAAUGGGUUUACUAGAAGUUACAAAAUUAAUCGGACUCUUAUAAUUCAAGACUCCUUAUAAUUCAAAGUAAAUUGGUGAGAAUAGACAGCAAUAGGAGUCGGACGCAGAAGACGUUGCAUAAAGGAAUAUAAAGGAACACGUAUAAAGGAACAUAAAGCAGACAUAAAUUAAUAUAAAUGAUGAACUUUCUUUCAGAAAAAAUAAUUUCUAUUAUCAACAUCGCAA